AUGGAUGAUUCUGAUGAUGACUCCAUCGCCUCAACCAUCCAUACCGACCAUGACUCUGAGGAAGAAUGGCAGGUGUCUGAUAUCUUAGCGGCCUGGGAAGUAGACGGCAGUCUACGGUAUUUGGUCAAGUGGGAGGGAUUUGACCUGUACGAGGCCACUUGGGAACCCGAAGAACAUCUGAACGAUGAGCUCAUUAACGGAUGGGAGAGAGCCAAAGCGGAAGGGGAUUUUGAUCUCUUUCAGAGAAUCAGAGAAUGGAAAAAUGCUUGGAAGGACAAGUAUACCGAAAGGCUCGCACGCCAUCAAGAAAGGAACCGACGUCGGAAGAAGAAAGGGCUAAAGACCACUCCAUUCACAUACAUGGACGAUUGUUUAGCUUGGGUGAAUCGUUUCCCAGAUGGCGAUGAACUCAUCGGCUCGGCGGUGUCAAGUCCAUCGGGCACUGUCCCAGACUUCGACAUGGACACUGGGAUAGGACAACAGUCGCAGUCCCUCCCUGCAAAACGAAAGCUGUCAACUGCAAGCUUGAGUGAGGAUAAUUCCACGAAACACAGUACCCAAAAUAAUACAACAAAUACCCACAAGACAGCAUCUGCACAGGCGAGCCUAAACGCGACUUCGAUCAACCACAAGCAAGCAUCUCAGAAACCAUCAGGCAGUGUGUCCAAACCGAGGUCAGCACCGACGAACAGCCUUCUCUUUUCCAAAUUUUCCAAGCCGACAAAGCGUCCUGAUCAACGCAAGAGCCAAUUAACAGCCCGCAAGACACAGCCCGCGCAGGCGUUCACUGGCAAUGUUUUUGUGGGGGGGAAAGAAAGAAAGAAGCGCGCGACUCUCGCUGAAUGUGCCACAGAUCCCAGCAAGACACCGAAGCUUAUCAGGCAUCGGUAUGCAAGGAUAAUUGAGAAGGCGGGCCGCGACCGAGAAUGUGCUGCACCAAUAAGAGUGCCUUCCGACCUGAUCUCGUUGAACCCAGCAGACCGAUCUACAAGUGAUUCGAAUAUUCCGAGUUCCGAAAUCAUGAGAAAUGGAGGUCAUCCGUUGAGCGCUGGGGACAAGUAUGCGCCGCAGGAUGAAAGCACUGAAGAUAAGCCGCCAUCGAAGGCCAAACUCAAGAAGUCAAUCAGCUGGGGCACCGUCGAAGAGACAAUAAUCUCUACCCCGGAAGAGUCGACCGUGUUUGAUAGGGAAGCUAGUUUGUUCUUACGUGAGAACUCUGUUGCCGAUACGGAUACAGCCUUGACGACCAAGAUGGAGGAGCCUCCAGAUGAAGAACCCAUUUUCAGCCUUGCUCAGGCUUCAAGCCGAUAUGAUACAUGGUCUGAAACUACACCGGCUCCCACUAUGCACAGGGAUAAGAGCCCUUUGAGCAGGACGAUAGCCGCAGAUAUUCAGUUCGGCCCAGGAACUCGAGAGACAAUAUCAGUCGACUUUGAGAGGCAUCAAAUCCAGUCCCAAAACGAAGUACCGUGGCCUGACCUUUUUGAGAACGAGCCCGUCUUGAUUUUCACGCACACUUGCAUAACGCGAGAUUUUGAUAGUCAAGAGAAAACCCUCGUUGCUGAUAAGCUAGGCACCGGCUCUAUUACAAGCGAUAGUAACCCAGCUGGCCUGGAUCUGGUCGCCAAUUGGCUUCGUUGUAGGUCUCUAGGUGUUCUGUUAUAUCGCUCAGAUAUAUGUAUAUUCAUACAUAUGCCGCCUCAACAAGACAAGCUGCAGUACUCCUUGUUUUGCCCAGCUUCCCAUUUCACAACUCGUUCACUCGCACCGAUUGCACUGCCAGAGGGUCUUGAUAGGAGAGAUGUACUGCCUCGAAUAACGUCGACACUCUUCAAUCGCAUGCUGGGGUUUCAAUACGAGAAACUCCUGCCAGAAACCAACCCUAUGAGUUCUAGCAAGCAUACCUUUUUCCUCGCAUUUCCGGCGAGUGCAGGGCUAGAAGCCCAGUUUCUGGGUACAUGGCUGAGGAGUUGCAACCCCGAAUGCAAAAUCCUCUCUAGCUUUUUUCCUGGACACUGGCGCAGUUUCCUGAGGUUAGAACACGGUGUGGUCAUCGUGCACGAGGAGGCCAUAUGGUCCAUACGAUUGUUUCCAAAUGUCAAGUCACCGCUCCAGAUGACAUCCAACUUCAGCUUUUGGAUUUUCUCCAAGUCUCUCCAGCCUCUACCACUAUACGACUCUCUCGAGCAGCCUUGUAGAAUUGGCGAUGUGACUUUACAGCCAAUAUGUGGACCUAGAAAAGCUCUGUUGGUUACGCCCAGCUUUGUCGUUUCGCAGCCUCUACAGGCUUGGAGCUUCUUCAAAUGGUUUUACAAAAGUUGGUACCACGCUCGGGACAGUGCUCGACUCGUUGUCUGCGCUGAUUUCGAUACCUGGAUUCUAGGAGUUGCCGCCGAAUACGAGGACGACCGGGCGCGGCAUAAGAGCAAAUCCUACAUCCGGAAAAUUGAAAGCGGUAUUGCUAGAAAAGAACACGAAGUACUCUACAAAAUCUGGGGUAUGGUUCGAGGCCUUAUGGAUCCGUCGAGCGAAGAUCAGCCGGCGCUCAUACACGCCCCGGAUUCAAUCGAUGGUAACGACGAACAAAGCCUUGUCAAUUGGUUUGGGUGGUGGUCUAUCAUGAACCUGGAUAUGUACCGCAAGUUCAGUGUGGUCGGAUCCAAUGAUAAAGCGCACGAUAGACUCACUCGCCACAUCACGAGUCCAGAGUUUAGUACCUCGACGUUAGGUAGUCCGGACGAAGCUUACCAAGUGAAGGACCCAAAGGAUUCCUCCCAAACACCGUUGCAGGAGACAUCUACCGCUGAAUCAGUGAGGAGUCAACCGCGCAAAAAGUUUUGGCUGAUCAAAGGGGAUGACGCUACGUCGUUCAAGAAAGUUCUCAACGAAUCAGAGAAUAAAAUUCACAAGACUUGGACGCCUGUAUCUCUAUUGAAUUUACCAGUGGCUUACUGGAACCCAGGUAUGGCAGACGCCUUUUCGCGCGGGUUUGCGCCAUAUAGCCAAUGUGUUUGGCACUUUAGAGAGGCCGUUCAUGGACAUGGGCACCAUAACACCGGCCUGGCCCUCUGUUACACACCUGAGGGGACUUGGAGCCCUGGUGAAACUCGCGAGAAUCUUGGGAAAAGCCGACGACCAUGGCUUGUUGCGUAUAGAGCGAUAGAGCCGUUCAAAAAGCCAUGGACAGGAACAGAGCUUGUGAUCUGGGAUCCUGCCUGGAAGGCGAGUGUCAGAGGUUCUGGAGAGAUUUACGAAGGAGAUCUCAUUGAAGCACAACUACGAAUGAUACAAGCUGUUCGUCAAAAGCUCGAUACGGUGUUGAAAUUGAAGAAGAUAUGGAUUGGGGGACCGGAUCUAAGUCCUGGCAAACUAACCGAGCCCCUAGAUGUCACAAUUCACCAGAUGCAGCACAUCAUGAGGGAUGUGAAGUCUGGUAUUCCAGCUCCGGCAUGGGCUAUGAUCGACAACGGGUGGAGGCUCGUCAACUCCGGCGACGGACCCCCCAGGUCACCGUCGCCGCCUUCUCCAGAGCCAAUGGACAUUGAUGAGCCGAUGGAUACAAGUGAUGUGGCAGAGAAUGCCCUCAAGACCGUCUUCCUCCCCCCUCGUGGAAAGACAAUGAACCGGCCGAGUAACAGCAAGAACCGUCUGUUUCAACAUUGCUUUCAUGACAAGGCUCGUGGGAACAAUGCGAAGGAAACAGAGUAUAGAUUCCGACCAACAAUGGAAUGGUAUGAGCAACAGGUCGAAGAAGGCCGCGGUUUCGAGCACAUUAGGGUUGCUGCUUGGGACACUGUCUUCGAACGAAACAAGAUUGACAACCCUGAACAGGACGGACUGCAAUGA